AGCCAUCCAGGUAUACGAUACGAUAAAGAGACGAUUAACGAUUAUAUGAAGUUGACAUACACAUAAACUUUUAACAACGGUUGCUGGUAAUUGGAGGUGGACACUAUUCUUUCAGUCAAUAGGAAAAUAACACUCACCGUUUAAUAUGUCAGUCAUUCAGUUGGUGUGGAUACCUAUUUCACUAACUUUGAGUGUCAUUGAAAAGUUUCUAUUCGUUUUAAUUAACUGGUAUGAUGCCUACUGCUACUCUCCACUGCAGACGACAUUGUCACCUCUGGUUGCUAGGAUACCCCGCGCAAUUGAGGUUAAAGGUCACAAGGUCAACGUUUUCACAGCUAACAUAGCAUCAUGGACAAGGACGUUUCUUGUCAUCCCAAUAGCGUGGUGUCUCAAGUACAACCAUCCUGUAAUCGCGUUCCUAUGCGUCCUGUUCCACGAUUUCCUCGACCACCUGGACGGCAUUGUUGCCAAGGUGCAGAAGUCCGUCUAUGGUCAACUAGAUGAUCCAUUGCUAGGGGGGUUCAUGGACGCUUUCUGUGAUAAGAUUGUUAACUGCUUGGCCCUUUGGUCAAUCCUGUUGGUGACCGAUUUCAGUCAAAUGACAACUCAACAAUGUUGGAUGUUUGUAAGCGCAUGUACCGUAAUAAUUGCGUAUGAAUUCGUGCUAGGUGUUGUACGAGUCCAGGACUACUUUCAAGCAUUUUAUUCGAGGAAAUACGAGAGUAAGACCACAGAAUCGACUCCCAAUGUUGCGGCCGUCAUGGAAGGCAAACUGAAAGAGAAAUUGGAAUCCAUGGGGAUAGCGUUCUUGUGCAUGGCUCAAACGAGCACUAAUCCUUGCACCUCUACAUCUGGAAUAACUGGUAUCGUGUGCCUACUGUUAUCAAUACGUCUAGCCCAUGCAAGUCUGGAGCACAAACUCAAACCUAGACGCUCCAAGGCUGUGUCGUCAACAGAAACAGAGCGGGCUCUGGUUCAAAGCACUGAUGUGCGUCAACUUACAACUUCGGUUAAGAGUAGCAGCCCUAGAGAAGAGCCAUUGUUUCCAGAUAUUAAGAGAAAUAGCGGAGAACGUCUUAACGUCAUUCCUACGGAUUCAAUUAAAGUCCCUUCUUUGAGGAAAAGAGUCAGCAUUGCAUUGCUCGACGAUAGCACUCAGACCUAUGAAGAAGACAAUACGAGAAAUAAAGAGGAUACAAGAGACGAAAACGGGGAGUCAGAUGUGAACGACGCAGACGACGAUGAUGAAGGCGAGAAAUCUGACGUCUCUUCGGAAAAGGAAGCUCCGCGAACUCUGAUGCGGUCCCAUUCUGUACCAACGUGGAAGAUAGGCAGUCUAAAGACGGUGGACAAGGUCUAUACGGUGGGCUGUUUUGACUUAUUCCAUGACGGCCAUAGAAUCCUGUUGGAACGACUGAGCCAGUUGGGAAAACAGGUGAUUGUGGGCGUCCAUGACAGCCGUAGCAUUUUCAAACUCAAGAAAAAGGUCCCUAUCGAUAGCACUACCAAGAGGAUGUCGAACGUCAAGAAACAUGCCUCCAUGGUGUUCUGCAUCCACGGGACCGAUCCGACGCCCUAUCUGAAGUGCAUGUACGACGCCGACGAGAUCUGCGACAGCAUGUACGUGCGAGGAGACGACAUGCCGAACUUUCCAGCCAGAAAAUUCAUCGAGUCAGUGAUGCCGAUCCAUUUCUUGCCGUAUUCCGAGUUUAUUUCCUCAACGAAAAUACGAAAAGAAUUCUACAACGCGUCCAUGUUCGGUCCCCAUGUUAAUGACGUCGAUGCCGAUCAUGCGUCUAUGUUCUAUUAAAGCAGGGGUCAUAUCAAAAAAGCUCCUCAGAGAAAAUUGAAGAAAAUAUCACUUAAUGUUUAUCGUCAUUUUUCAAUUUCUUCAAUAAAAAAUUGAAUAAACAAGUAAAAUAUAAUCUUUAAAAAUCUUAUAUUUUUGUAUUGAAUAUAUAUUUAAACAAAAUGUAUUUAUUAAUAUAAAGAGAUCUUGUCGAUGCCCUCCGAUGUCGCAAAAGUAAAAAGCCUUGAAAAGCACAAUAUCGCUUUAAACAUUUGGAUAAUAAGUGCCAACCUGGCGCUUGAUUUCUUCUUAGUGUUAUCUUGACUGGAAUACCUUAUUCAAGUUUGUUCAAUUGCACGAAUGGUAUUUCCGGCGGCUUAAUAAACUAUAGUUUAGAUUUAAAAAUGUUUGUGCUUCAAAUAGGCACACGACCUUUUCAAAGCAAACAGGUACAUGCAAUUUAUACCUCCGUAUACAAUAUGAAUUACAUGUAUUGUGUUUCGUAUUUUUUUGUUUUAUAUUAAAAACCAAUUCAAAUUUA